UAAGUAAUGUUUACGAAUUAUUGGUGUAGAGUUAUUGGUCUUCAGCAUGUGGCUUACUAUUUUCUCAUCAAGUCAAUGAUAAUUAUUGGUGUUCCUCUUCCUCUUUCUCUUGUUCAUUACCAAAUCAGUGAGUUUAGUGGCUUUGGUUUCUUUCUGAAAGUUUGAGCAAAGAUGGGAGACUGUGUAUCACUAGAUUUAUCAUGUGAUCAAGCGCUGAAUCAAACUUGCAACUGCCUAUUUGGUGAUAGAAACUACAUUCACAUGAUGAAGGCUAAUCUUGAUGCUCUGGAGACAGCUAUGCAAGAACUUAGAGAAAAGCGAGAUGAUAUUGCAAGAAAAGUUUCCAUAGAAGAAGACAAAGGUUUGGAGCAACUUGCUCAAGUAAAAGGAUGGCGUUCAAGGGUAGAAAGUAUUGAUUCUCAGGUCAGUGAUCUGCUUAAGAGUAGAGAAACUGAAACUAAAAGAUUGUGUCUUUUUAGAUAUUUCUCCAAAAAUUGCAUAUCAAGCUGUAAGUAUGGUAAAGACGUAUCGAAGAAGUUAAUAGAAGUUAAAGAGCUUCUAUCUAAAGGAAUUUUCGAAGAGUUGGCCGAAAAAAAGCUUGCAGCAAAGGUGGAGAAGGAAGAUAUCCAAAAAACAAUAGGUUUGGAUUCGAUGGUUGGAAAGGAAGAACGUUAGGUAUUUUAUGGCAUGGGGGGAGUUGGGAAAACAACCCUCUUAGCUACUAUCAACAACAAAUUCGAGGAUGAAUUUGAAGUUGUGAUAUGGGUUGUGGUCUCUAAAGAUUUGCAGUACAAGGGCAUUCAGGAUCAGAUUCUAAGAAGAUUAUGUGCUGACAAGGAUUGGGAAAAGAAAACAGAGAAGGAGAAAAAAAAAUUAAUAGGGAAUAACCUAGGAAGAAAGAAAUUUGUUCUGCUGUUAGAUGAUCUGUGGAGCGAGGUAGAUUUGAACAAGAUUGGAGUUCCACGUCCAACUCAAGAAAAUGGAUCGAAGAUAGUUUUCACCACCCGUUCAAAGGAAGUUUGCAGUGACAUGGAAGCUGAUGAUAAGUUGCAAAUUGAUUGUUUGCCAGCGAAUGAAGCGUGGGAACUGUUUCGAAGUAUAGUUGGAGAAGACACAUUAAAGCUGCAUCAGGAUAUUCCCAGACUGGCAAAACAAAUUUGUGAAAAAUGUUAUGGAUUGCCACUUGCACUCAAUGUGAUUGGCAAAGCCAUGUCAUGUAAAGAGAAUGUACACGAAUGGCAUUAUGCAUUUGAUGUUCUCAGUACGUCUAGCCACGAGUUUCCAGAUAUGGAAGAAAAGAUUCUUUCAGUUUUGAAGUUCAGCUAUGAUGGUUUAAAGGAAGAAAAGGUGAAAUCAUGCUUCCUAUAUUGUUCUUUGUUCCCGGAAGAUUAUGAAAUAACUAAGGAGGAGUUGAUAGAGUAUUGGAUCGGUGAAGGAUUUAUAAAGGGAAAGAGAGAUGAAGAUGGAAGUAACAACAAAGGUCAUGUUAUUAUUGGUUCAUUAGUUCGUGCGCAUCUAUUGAUGGAGUGCGAAGAACAUUUCAAACCUGCGGUGAAAAUGCAUGAUGUGUUACGUGAAAUGGCUCUUUGGAUAGGGUCUAUUUCUGGAAAAGAGGAAGAAAAACAGUGCGUCAAAUCCGGUGUGAAGCUAAGCCGUAUACCAGAUGACAUCAACUGGAGAAUUUCGAGAAGGAUCUCGUUGAUGAGUAAUCAAAUUAAAAAGAUAUCUUGCUGUCCCAAUUGCCCCAAUCUUUCCACUCUAUUUCUCGGGGGUAACAAUUUGGAGGUUGUGCCGGGUAAAUUCUUUCAGUUUAUGCCAGCCCUUGUCGUCUUGGAUCUUUCGCAUAACAGAUAUCUUAGUGAAUUUCCGGAAGAAAUUCGCAGCUUGACUUCCUUGCAAUACCUCAAUUUAUCAUUCACAGCUAUAAGUUCGUUAUCAGUUGGUUUGAAGGGGUUGAGGAAACUAAUAAGCCUGGACCUGGAGUACUGUGCCGCCCUUGAAAGCAUUGAUGGGAUAGGAACAAGCUUACCAAAUCUUCAGGUGUUGAAACUAUUUCAUUCUGGUGUUUUUAUUGAUGCAAGAUCAAUUGAAGAGCUUCAACUUUUAGAGCACUUGAAGAUUUUAACAGGAAGCGUAAGCGAUGCUUUAAUCUUGGAAAGUAUCCAAAGAGUUGAGCGAUUGGCCAGUUGUAUUCAACGCCUUGAGAUUUUCCAACUGUCCGCAGAGGUUUUAACAUUAAACACGGCAGCUCUGGGUGGUCUUCGAGUGCUUGAGAUUGGGAUGUCCAAAAUCUCAGAGAUAAAGAUAGAUUGGAAAAGCAAAGAGAAACAAGAUCUUCCUUCUCCAUGCUUCAAGCACCUCU